AUUCCAUCGCUAUACCAAAAAUGUACCUGAAGUUGAGAACUCAGUAACUCACUCUCCGGCACACAUUUUCACUGUAAAAAGAAAAGAAAAAAACCGAAACAAUAAAUCAAGGACGGCUGCCAGCGCGAUCUGGAUUUGGGUCUUCCAAAGGCCACCGCCCGGCCCACGAAAGCCGAAACCCCCCGCCCUCACUUUGACUCAAACCCUACACCUGCUUCCCCACCUCCGCUUCUCUUCCAUGGCGACGGACGGCGCCUUCCAAGUGGCGAUCAUCGCACUCACCGUCGCCGUAUUCGUCGCAAUCCAGUACCUCUCCAAGCUAUUCCUCUCGAGGCAGCGAGCCAACAACCGCACCGCCCUCCAAUCCAACCGCCACUUCAUCCAAGGCUCCCAAUUCCUCGCCCGAGCCAGAUCCGCCGCCGCCAAGAACUCCUCCCAGUCCCAAUCCCUAGCCAAACAAGCCCUCGCCGAGGCCGAAUCCGCCGCCGCCCUCUCCCCCAAGGACCCGGCCCCGCUCGUCCUCAAAUCCGUCGCCCUCGAUCUCCUCGGCCACAAAGCCGCCGCAUUGAAGGCAAUCGAUUCCGCGCUCUCGCCGCCGCGCGGGAAGGCGCUGCAGGGGAAGGAGCGAGGCGACGCGCUGGUGAAGAGAGCGGAGCUCAAGGUCGCCGUGAAUCGGCGGCGGCGGGUCGACUCGGCGAUCGAGGACCUGACGGUGGCCGUGCAGCUGGGCGCGAGUGGGGAGAAAGGGUAUUGCUUGUUGGGCCAGUGCUAUGAGUGGAAAGGAUCCAAGGAGGAUGCUAAAUGGGCUUACUCAGAGGCCCUGAAGUUUGAGCCCAAUUCUAAGCUUGCUCUCGACGCACUUGGCGGAUUGAGCUCGUAACAUUUGCACCUAUUUCUUUUCUCAUCCAUGUUGAUGUUGUAACAAAUAUUUCUACUUCAUUGCAUUGCUAGAUUUUGCAUGAAGUUUGUUUAAGACUUGAACUAGGCAAACUUUGUGAACACCUUCACAUUCCAAUGUAAUGAUCGAAGACAUCAUUUCCCCACAAACUCGACUUUAACACACUUUAAGGCAUCCGCUGAGCAAUUUAUCAAUUAGAGCUUCCGUCCUCGACAUCAGGUGGUUGAAUCUUUCACCCAUAUUGGGCUGUACAUCGGCGCCCAUGGUCUCUCCAUCCGACUCAAUGGUGAACUAAUUAAAACCGGAUUGCAAC